AUGUCUUAUCAAAAAAAAAUAAAAUUAAAUGAUGAUGAAAAUAAUAUUUUUAUUAUUAGCCAUGCGAUUUUAGAAAAUGAUUUUAUAAAUUUAAAAAAAUAUGGGUCACAAGGCUAUAGUUUUAUAAAUAAUAAAUUUAGAAAGAAAAUAUGGAAAAUCCUUAUAUGUCCAGAAGAUAAAAAAGUAGAUUCUAAAAUAGAUUGGAAAUUAUUACCAGUACAUAAAGAUGAAAACCAAGUUCAACUUGAUGUCAAUAGAUCAUUUAUAUACUAUCCCAAAAACCUUAGCAAUCAUGAAAUAAAAAAAAAAAGAAAUGAACUAAAUUCAUUAAUUGUAGAGAUUCUUCGAAAACAUCCAAAUCUCAAUUAUUUCCAAGGAUAUCAUGAUAUUGCUCAAGUAUUUUUACUUUGUAUAGGAAGAAAGGAGGCAUUUAAACCUUUAGAAUUAUUGUCACUAACACGUAUCCGUGAUUUUUUUCUACCAUCAUUAUCUCCUAUAUUAGAUCAUCUUGAGUUUAUAAAAUUAAUUGUUCAAAAAAAAGAUCAAGAACUUGGGAAGCAUAUUGCAAAUGUUCCAUCACAUUUUGCUUUAGCUUCAUAUUUAACAUGGUUUUCUCAUGAAAUAAAACAUCUUAAACAUAUUCUUAAAAUAUUCGAUUUUAUUAUAUCUACUGAUACUGCUAUGGUUCUUUAUAUUUAUGCAGCAAUUAUUAUCCAAAAAAAAAAAGAAAUAAUGAUUAUUGAUAAGGAUGAUAUAGAUAUUUUACAUAAGUUUCUAAAUGAUUUAUCUCAAGAAUGUCACACAAAAGAUAUAUUCCGAAAAAGUAUAUCUUUAAGAGAAGAAAUACCUCUCCGUGCUUUACCAAACUGGAAAUAUAUCAUGAAAUAUAGUUUCUUAAAAGAUUCUGAAACAAUAUAUAAUUUAGAAUAUGCAUCAAAAUUAUAUUACAUGGAAAUAAUUGAAUUAAGAAAAUCAAAAUUACAUCAGUAUAUAUUUACUAAAAAUAUAUUGAACAAAACUAUAUUAAUAGCAACAGUAGCAUUAUUUAGUGUAUCAAUUGCAUAUUUCAAAAAAAUUAUUAAAAGCAUGUAA